AAGCACAUACGUGCGCCAGACAGUCUGGUUGUGUUGACAUAAACUCGCGUCAGAAGGGUCUUUCGAAUCUUCGAGAUCGAUAAAUUCAUGGCAGUGCUAAUAAUGUAGGAUAUACGAUAAUUGUUUAGGACCACACCUUCUAUUACCCGGAAAUGAGUGCACAGUUGUUGGUAGAAUUUUAUAAGAAUAUGAGAUAGGAACUGGGGAAUUUUUACUUCCCUGAAUGAUGGAACAGGCAACAGAGGGAAGAAAAGAGGGUCAGGUUCCUGCUUCUACUGGAUUAGGAAUGAGACCACAAAAUUUAUUACUAAAACCUGGUUAUGUUUCUUCUAGUAAUAAUGGAAUUUCUGGUGAAGGGACUGUUUCAGAUGGGACAAACAUUCCAUUUGAUACUGCAGUUGAAUCUGAAUGGAGUAACUGGAUUGGUCAGCAUGUCUGUGUUGGAGGGGCCAAAAAAGGAAUCUUGCGCUACUUUGGACCUGUUGAAUUUCAUGCUGGUCUUUGGUGUGGCAUCGAACUUGAUGAGCUAGUUGGUAAAAAUGAUGGAUCAGUCCAUGGAAUUAAAUACUUUACCUGUGACAACAAUUAUGGGAUAUUUGCUCCAGUGAAGAAAGUUCAAAAAAUAUAUUUGCCUUACAAUCUACCUCAUGAUUUUGAUAGUGAAAAUUUCAGAAAAUUGGAGCAUACUGGAGAUUUUGUGCAGGCUAAGUCUAAACUUCCUACAAUGCUAUCGAAGUUUUCAAUGCAAAGCUCUAAAAAUAUUAAUUUUAGGAAUUUAGAUGCAGGAAAUUCACUAAGUGAAGAUCAGAAAAUGUCACCUCUAAAAACUUCUUUUCAUAAUGAAAAUGAAACAUUUUUGCAAACUCCUUCUGAUCCUCAUAAUGUUCCUGAAAUAUCAAAAGCUGAAAGUAUUUUUCAAAUGCUAGAGACACAUUCUCAAGAAAACUACAUGAGAACUGGGCAGUCUAAAGUAAAAGGUAGAGCAAACUUAUUACAAAAGAAUACUCUUACUACUGAUAAUAAUUUGAAUUCAAUUCCUGUAGUGCAAGAUCAAAAUCAGGUAUUUAAAAUGACUAUAUCAGGUCUAGGUUCUACGUCUGUGAAGGAAAAAGGAGAUGAGGUAGUAUAUGAAAACAUUUUACCCCAGGGUCCCAUGGACAAGUUGAAUUCAACCUUUGAUAUGGAAUAUGAUUCUUCUUUGGAAUCUGAAAACACUACAGAUAUUUUGCCACCCAUUUGGACACACAAUAGUAAAGAAGUUGAUAAAAGUUCUGAAGACCUGCAAUAUCCUAGAGAAGAUUCACUAUUUCACCAAGAAGAGUUCUUACAUCACAUUAAAGUUCAGUCUUUGGAAAAUGUUUCUGAUGAUAAUGAAAACUUUGAUGAUGAGGGUUUAUCUCUUGAUUUUGAAGAAAGUCUUGGAAUUCUAACUCCGAACCAAAUGAAAGAUUUUACUUUAUGUAGUGAGAAGCAAACAUCUUUAGUUACUGACUUUCAUGCUGUGAUGCUUCCUAAGUCAUUUUCUUGCGAUGAAAUGAAUGAACUGCCUGAGUAUGAAGUAGUGGAAGAUGUAACAAUAGAGUAUAGAGAUAUUUCUGAUCAAGCCCCAUAUAUUUCUAGGAAUGGGGGUAACACCUUUAUCCAGCAAAACAAUACAUCUUUGCCUAAUGAAAAAGUAAUAACCAAAAAUUCUGAGGAAUCCUCGGAAUAUCUGCCUGAGAUUUGUAGUGACAAGUCAGAUUCUACAGAACAGUUUGUGGAUGAAACCAUUGAGACAUCCAUGCCAUCUAGUUUCUCGAAGGAUGAACAUAAGAAUCUCACUCCUGAGGGCAUGCAUAGAAAUCUUACAUAUGGAACAGAAAGUAUCCCUAGUCAAAGUUUUGGCCAAGAAAUUCAUGAAGUGUUUAUACCUUUUGGAUUUCAAGCAGACAAUGUAGAAAAAGUAACACAAAAACAACUUUUAAAGAAACAGGAACAUUCAGAGCUUCCUGUCCAAAAUGACAUUUUCCCCAAAUCAGAUAUUUCUGAUAUAGAAGAUCAUGAGCUUUCUAGUGUUUAUUUAAUACAAGAAAAUUCUGGUUCUUUAGUAAAAAAUGGGAGAUUAGCAGAAGAUUACACAAAAUUAUGUGAAAUAAUGUUAUCAAAAACAUCUGAUGACAUAAAAAAUGAAGGCAGGCUUCUUAAUACAUGUUUUUUAAGGCAGCUAAAUUAUCAGCAAUCUGAUACUCCUGAUGAAAAAGUGUUAAACAUCCAUGAAACAAUGGAUCAUUGUAUUGGACCAAGUAAAAUGUCUAACACUAAAGUGUUUAUUCCAGUUAAACAAGAUGAACAAAUGUUAAGUAGAGAAACUUCUUUUGUUUCCAUGGAACGACCUUCUUCUACAUUCACGAUAGGCAGUACUGAUACAGGAUUCCAAGGUGAUCUAGACUCAGAGGGUAUGCUUUUAGGAGAAGAAUACUGCAUGCGCUUUUCAACUUACAGCCAAGACAGUGGAACGCUGUCACUAGAACCAGAAAUGGAACAACAGUUAAAAGUUAGAAGUGAAUUUUAUUCUGGAGAAAAAAAAAUUACAUCGGAUGAAACAAUUUCAGAACAACAAAAUAUAGAUUUUGGUUCAAACUCUUUAGAUAAACAACUUGGAUUACAAGGCCAAAAACAAGGUGGUAAAACCCCAAAAUAUGAAAUAACUGUUAACAGUGGACACGUUUCUGAGAAAUUGCUGGGCUAUAGAAAUGAAUCCACAUAUCAAGCUCAUUCAAUGUGGGAAAAUAAAAUGAAAGAUGACUCUAAAGAACUUUUAAGAUGGCAAGAAAAUAAAGAUAUUUCUAAUGUAACAACUGUUACUAGUGAAAUUAAGAUUGAGGGUGCUUUAUCUGUAUCAUUAUCAACAACUCCUUUUGCUACUGAUCCAUGUGCAGCAGACACAGAAAAAGAUAAAAGUAUUAGUAUAAAUAAUAUCAUUAAUCACACAAUUAAAGAUGACUCUGAAAAUAUUGAGGCUAAGGAAAGUAACCCACAAACUAAUCCCAAGCAAGGAAAAGAUGAGUUUGCACCAUCUGUUGAUAAAUCAAUUAAAAAUAUGAGAAAUGAACAACAUCCUCCCAAAAAAGUCAAAACACCCAAAAAGAAUGUUAUGUCUAAAAUUAAAGCCAUGAUUGAAUCUACUGGUAAAAAAUCAAAAACUGAAGAAACUAAGAAGACUUCACAGGUGCAGAAGAAAAGCCGAUGGGAUGCUGUGACAUCUAAAAUCAAAGCAAGCAUGGAUGAGGAGAAGUCCAAACCCAAAACAAAAAAAGAUAUCAAGAGUAGAAUUGAUACAAAUUUAAUGGUCUCUCAGCAGCCACAAGAAAGCAAAUCUCCAAAGUGUUUAAGAAACAAAUCAAAAUAUUCUGUUAAUGAAGGAAACUUUAUCAGUAGUAAGCAGUCAGCAUUUUCAAAAUCAAAAAAUACAACCAAUUCACAGGGAACCCAAAGAAAAAUAUGUACAAGUCCCAUAAUCUUAGACUCACAGGACUUCCAUGAUGAAAGCAAUUUAUCUUCAUUGUCACCCAGCAGUACACUAAAUUUUACAUCUAGUCUGAGUGAGGCUGUGCCUUCUAUUAAAAGUCUAAAUUUGAAAAACUCUAAGCCACUGAAUUCAACCAUGUCUCCAACUCAAUCACUUUCUCCAGGGCCACCUAGUGAGAUGUCUAUUGCAUCACUGAUAUCUCAAGGGUCACAUUCAUCAUCAAGAAUAGUAAUUCACAAACAGAAUCACAUCUCUAGCCAUGUCACAAGAAGUGUAAUUAUCAAGCCUUCUGUAGGGAAGACUAACCAAAGCUUUUCUCAAAAACAGACACCAGCCAAGAAAGCAAGGCCUGUUGCAUCUUCUGUAGCCAACUCCUCUCAGCCUUUACAAGCCUCUUCUACUAGAAAUCUUUCUUUCUCCCAACAGAUUCAAAGACAGAGGAGAGUGUCCAGUCAAGUCCAGCCCAAAGAUAGACCCUUUGCAGUAUCCUCUGUCCCCGGGGAGAGAAGGAAAACCCAGGGUGAAAAUGUGCAGGAAAUUCAACGGCUCGAAGCACUCUGUGAAACCAGGACCAAACAACUCAACUGGUUGAAGCUGCAAUUGAAGCACGCGACCCUUGGAUUUGAUUCGUUCAGUGUCUUGAUUAAAUACCUGACCGAAGAGUUGGAUGCUUUUUCAAACCCCUGGUUGGUGAAUGAACUACAGAGCACCAAGGAGGAUCUGCAGAAAACUGAAACUCAAUUAAAGCAAUACCAGGAUGAGAUUGAAGAUUUAAAGAGAUUCUACACAGACGAGAUAGAAGCCUUAACAGAGAAGUUAAAAGAUGCUCAGAGAGAAGAAGUGGACAGGUUGAUUCUGAAGCAUGAACAAGAGUUGGAAACUUUGAAAACUGAGCAUGAAACAAAGAUUGUGGAACUUACUGAACACCAUGUUGCAACUGCCAGAGAUAGUCAAGUUAGACAUUCCUCUGAAAUUGAAGCUUUAAAUAAACAACAUUGCAUGUUUGUUGAAGAACUAGAGAAAAACUUCACAGACAAGCUAAAUGUAGCCAAACUGAGCCAUGAAAUCGCAAUCCAAUCCUUAACUGAAAACCAGGAUGAACUUCAACAGCAAGUUGAAGGAUUACAGCAUGAGAAAGAGACAAUGGAAGUAGCACUAAAACAAGAUGUAGAAUCUAAGAUACAGUGGAUCAUAAAUCAGAAUACUGACUUGAAGAAGGAAGUGGAAAGUCUGAAACUUGUUCUUGAAAUGAGGAAGGCAGAGAUCCAUAAUCUACGGAAAGAAAAUUUGAAGUUGAAAAAAGACCUGGAAGAGUUACCUUUAGCUAAAGAACAAGUCGAGAAAUUAAAAGCACGGAAUGAAGACCUACAAGCUCGGGUGAAAGAAAAAGUCGAGCUAGAACGUCACCUGUCAUAUGAGCAGCAGAAACUAAAAGAGAGUUAUGAGAAAGAAUCUAAAGUGAAUAAAAGAUUGUCAAUGGAGAAGGAGGAGCUUCAGUGGAAACUAAAACAAACCAUGGAAGCUAGCAUUUUACUUAACAGCUCAACAGAUGAAACUACUGAGAUUGAUAGGUUGGAUCAUUUAGUUAAAGACCACACCUUAAGGAAAUCACCAAUUAGAAUGUCAGUAUUCUUUGACAGUAUAGAUGGAAACACUAAUCAUCACAAAUAUCCUAGUUCUGGUCCAAGAGCUGGAAGACCCUUAUCUGCAUCGUCAGCCUUGAGAGGAUCUACAGGAAAUCGAAAUGGUUCUAGCUCCUCUCCUUGUACUCCAAGCAAAAAGCGCAGCCAACGAUAUUUAGACAAUGGGAUAUCUGGAAGAUCUAAUUCCAAGCCCCUGGAGGAGAAGGCUUCAGAUAAUGAAAGUAUCAGUAGCACUGAAACAUUAGACUUGCUUAAUGGUGGCUUGAAGGAUAUACAGCAUACACCUAUGGGAGAAAUUAGUGAUGUUAUUCCAUGUGUAUUAUCAACUAUUGCAAAUAAGAAUUCUAUUUUCAAAUGCUCUGAGCAGGACUCUGUAAAUAAACAAACUGAUAAUUUUAAACUAACAGAAGGCUCAACCACUGUUGAUAGAGAGCUUAUCAUAAAGAAGGUGUUUAAACAAAAAACUUUUGAACCAAAUGUUGAAGAAUCUUCUAAAAUGAGAGCUGACUCUCAGUUAACUACCACCACCAACUUGGAUUGUAUUAGAGAUUUAUCUAGCUCUACUCCAAGUGAUGUGGAGCAGUAUGAUAUAGCACAACAAGAACACAUCAGUGCUAAAUACACUGACCAGUCGAUAAGGGCAGGAGAACAAGUAAAUACUACUUUCAUUUCAACAGGGAUAGGUGAAGUUGAUGGUUCUUGGCAGGGAAGUAUGACAUCUUCAAGUAGUUCCUGGACUUUUGGCUUAGAUGUAGGAGAACACAAAGUACCAAAAGAAAAUUGGGCUGGAAAAUUUAAUGGUACUGAUUUAACUGGCAGUACUGAAGCCAGCGAUGAACCAAAUAAUUAUCUCCAAAAUAUAUUUGCUCCUUGUUGUUUGGCUGGUGAGUCCAUGAUUCAGGAAUGCCCUAGGUCCAUGUCAGAAAGCAGCAUUGAAGACUCUCCUGUCUUGAAGUAUCCUUAUCAUCAAAUUGAAAAAUACCCAGUCAGAAUGUUAGAAUAUGGCUUAAGUGAAAGAACUGAUAGCCUUUCUACUCUAGAUGAUAUGGAAGGCUGUCAGCAACAGUUAUUUCUAAAAGAAACUUUCAGUGAAGAUGAAAGAGAUGUGGAUAUAAACUGCUGUAAUGAAGGUGUAUCUUUUGAGACUGAAAUAUAAGUUGUUACUAUUAAAGGAUGAAUAUUAAAUAUGCAGUAUCUGCCAUCCACAAAUGGAGGCAUUAAUCUUUGUGCUUUGUAAGUACAUGAAUAGUUAACUUCAGUUACUGGUUUUGAGAAGUUUAGCUUUCAUCGAAUAGUCUAGUCUUCUUAUCGCAAGAUGCCAAUCAUGCUUGAAUUAGAAAUUUCUACACUGACCUUUCAUUAUUGGCAGCUAAUGAAAGACAAGGGAGCCACAGGUGUUCAUUAUGCUGCACUUCAGAAUUACAUGUGUGUCAUUCUGCUGGAAACAAUAAGCUUGUAAAGUGAAAAAAAAAAUGUUUAAAAGUUAAAAGCUAUUUAUUGUACAUGUAUAUUCUGAUCUUUCACCUGUGAUUCAGUUUGUUCUUUCCAGGUACUAGUCUGUUGAAGUGUAAUUUUUGGCUAGAAGGUUGUGUUUUAGAAAUGUAGUUCCUUGAUCAGUUUGCCUGCUUAGUCUGGGACCAUUGUUAUCAGUUGAAAAGAAGGAGUAAGAAACUGUCAAUUAAUCAGUAUUCCAUCCACAUAGAUAUUGGCUUGUUGCAUGUCUGUUAAAUGGACAUGAAUGUAGUUAUUUAUCAUAUGUACCAACAUUUAUUUUUAGUUAAAUUUAAUCAUUUUGUAUAAUAUAUAUUUGUUAUAGUAAGUAUAUUAGGUUUGGUUGUUUUAAGAAUACUUAUUAUAAAUAGUUACUGUAACCAGACAUGCAUGAAAAAAAAAAAAAAGAUUUGUUUUCGGCAGUGCCGAAUCUAUGUUUUGUUUUAUUUGGUGGCAUAGUACUUAAGGGAUAUUAAGAAUUGAUGUGCUUUGCUUAUGCUUACAAUAAACAUACUCAAGCAUAUAAAUUACCUGUUAAACUAUACAAAACAGAGCCAUGGUGCUAGACAUACACAGUUCAUUUUAAAAUGCUUGUGUUACAAUAUAGAUUAACUAUUUUUACUUCCUUACAGUCUUAGUAAGCAAGUAAAUACAAUAUGGUAAUUAUAUAGUUGAGACACAUUCAGUCCUUACAUAUUCAAUCUCUUAAAAAAAAAAGUCUUUUAGCUGCUCAUGCCUUUCUAUUUUAUUCCUAUGGUUGUGAUAUGAAAAUCUUAAUUUAGUUCAUAAAUAAUUUAUUCUCUUUCUCAGUUUAUUGUGAAUAAUAGGUACAUAUAUGUGAGGUUUAAUUAGGGUGUAUGCUUUCAAUGUAGGCAUCAUUUCAUCACCAUUCGAAAUUGGAUUGAUACAAGUUAGUCUCUAAAUGUUACAAAUACGUGAAAGAAUCAUAUUUCCUUGCCAUUGUAUUUGGAUUUGUUUGUUUUGAGUGUGUAUGCUUGAUAAUUUUGUGUCAUCUCUCUCCUCUUUUAAAUAAAAUCUGAUUUGCAUUUGAUUAAAUCAAAAAUUCAUUCCAGUGGGAAAAAAACCCAUUAGUUUUGUACUUACCACUGGCAGAGUUUAGACUCUUCUAUUUUACAAUGUAAAGCAAAAUUUUACUCAGAAUAAAGUUACAUUUUAAAAAUA